GAAGUCGAUCGCACAAGUUGGUGUAUCUCUACUUGGAAUGUAUCCAUAAAUAUGGCAAUGUUUUGUUAAUAGAUAUUUACAUUUUUUUCAAUACAGCUUUUUAUUUUUAAUUUGUUUAUCAAAUUAAAUAAUUAUGGGAAAUUCACGGUCAUCGCGAAGUCCUUCAAAACGUCGUCACCAUAAAAGUAAGCAUAAAAAACAUGGGAGACAUCGCGAUGGGCGAAGAAAUAGUGUAGUUGAUAUGGAUCGGACUGAAGACCAAUCGCGAAGUAUUAAUGUGGUAAAUAAGAAAAACAAAUCGUAUGACUCCGUUAGUCAUAAUGAAUUUGAAAGAGAUGGCCGGGGAUCUAGCUAUUCAAAAUACAGGAAACAUUCGCAAGCGGUUAGUAGUUCUACUGACAGUCCAUUAUCAGAUGAAUGUUACAAUAGUGAAAAAAACCGAAAGCGCCGCAAAAAAAUUGAAUCAGAUCGUGCAGAUGUUAAGCAACGCCGGCAGGAAGAGAAAGAGCAGCAGAUAAUUAAAGACGAAACCAGUAAGCGCAUUGAGCUACUGGUAAAAAAACGAGUAGAAGCUGAGUUAAUAAGGCGUAAGGAUGAAAUUGAAAAGGAGGUACUGCGCCGUGUAGAAGUAGCGAAAUCCGAAAUGGAGCUGGAGUUAAUGUACGAAUUGGAAAAGCAACGCGAACAGAUUCGUGAGGAAGCCCGACACCGCGAGGAAUUUGAGAAAAAGAAGCGAGAGGAGCUGGAAGGUAUAUUUGCGGAAAACAAUCGAAGAAUCGAAGAGGCUCAACGAAAAUUGGCAGAGGAACGUUUAGCUAUGAUUGAAGAGCAACGCCUAAUGGAAGAAAAACGUCAGCGAAUGCGCAAGGAAGAGGAAAAACGCGUCAAAGAGGAACAAAAAAUGAUACUAGGAAAAAAUAAUUCAAGACCGAAACUGUCUUUCUCGCUGAAACCUGGCAUUUCGUGAUUGUUUUAUUUUUAUUUUUUACUCCUUCAGACGACGAAGUAACAUAAGCAGUGGCUGCGUUGAUUUUUUCGACAUGAUCAAUAGUUUUUGUCGACCCUGUUGUAAACAAACCACUGAGCUGAUUCCUUCAAAUUCGCUGGAGCCGGUUAACCUUUGCAUCCUAGACAUCACGAGUCAAUGCCAGGUAUCGUUGUAAAAACAUUGCAAAACUUUACUGACGUGUCCAGAUCUUUUUUCUUUCCAUCAAUUUAGCUAUUUUGGAAUUUAGUUGUUAUAGAAUCAGACCUAUUGUAACAAUUUCAUAUGUGUUUCAUUUAAAACAAAAAUAAAUGUCCAUAUGUCUGAGCCACCUAACGUUGGGUGCCCCUUAUGCGUAUUUUGUUAAGUACUUAUUAUAAUAAAUAAUACAUUUUGGCUUUU